UCUGUGGUGGUCAGCUAUCUCAAAAGCACACUGAUAUGGAGCCAUACUUGUUUUAGCUUCGAUUACUUCUACUAAAAAUGUGUCCUUACGUGAAAACAAAGCCAAGUUGCUCAGGGAGCAAACUUCUAUUGUUCCCAAGGUUAGCAGUGUGUGACUGAGAUUUUAUAGCUCCAUGCUGUGAACUUUCUCAAGUUGCUUAUUUUCUUGCUGGUGUCGGAAGGAGAUCGCUGCUGUCGUGCUUGUUUGCACAUUAUUGAUCAAUUCAACUUUGUUUUUUCUUCAUCCCUCAAUUUUGGGGUUCUAUAUUGUUACCCGACCAAGGCAGACUACAGCGGUCAGCGAACACCUACAAAAUCUCUUCUUUACUCAUAUCUAUGGCCCAAGCGUCUACGUCAAUCUAGGGUUCAAGGUAUCUGUUUACAUCAUAGACAGAAUAUGGAGCUUCAGCCGUCAAAAAUGCCUGCAACCCUUCAUUAGGUUGGGGGGAGAUUUCCUUGGUAUCAAUACACCCAAUUUCCGAGCCUGCAGAAACGGCCUUGGAGUCGCCCAGGUGACUGUUUCGGGAUACAAUUGUUGGAACGUCUACCGACUCGCGCCAUUUGUAUACCUACAAUAUCUACAAGGUUAUGUUCGAAUCCCCCCGGCUACAGGCAAAUACUACUGACCCUUCCAUAGUAAAGAAAAGACAAAUAUUCAUAGGCUUGGAACUUCAUGACUACUGACGAUACCAUAUUUUAUCUAAAGUCAAUAGGUGCAAAGGACCAAUGCGAAAUAAUAUCAAUGCGACGGGAGUGUUUUGGUUAUGCAUAGCAUAACAAUAGGCUGGUUGGACAGACUGAAGUGAUGCAGAAAUCAUUAUUAUUGUAUUACUUUGAAUUGAUAUGUUUUUUGACCUUGGUGUUGUGAGAGCAGAUGGAUUAUCAUUUCCAGGAAGUAUCUUCCGUGGUAUCUCAGUCAUUUAAAUCCCCGUGAUUUUGCAACGGGUUCCAUACUGCAAUUUUCGUUGCGAAAGCAACAACGUUAGUUUCUCACAUCAGAUUGAGAUGUUGGAAAAGAAAAGAGAUGAGCAAGAUUUUUUUUUAUCAACAUGCCGGUUGAGAAUUUCCGCCAUUCAAUGCGAAUCCAGUAAACAUUGGCACUCAAUUAUUCACCCUCCCCCAACUCUGCCACGUCAAGACUCGCGUCAUGGUAUCAAUGGAUGGCCAGAAGAGGGCGCACAAGAGUGCUCAGUCAUGCAAUGAUUCUUGAAGCGCCUCGAAUUACAGCCGACUACAGUUGAGGGACAAUUCAUCGACGCAUCCGUUAUCUUGUCCGCUAAUAUUUCACAAACAAGCAUCACAGAAUUGAGAGUUCAAGGCUGCCAAUGCACCAAAGCAUGGUAUCGGUACAUCAUCGGUAUGAGGAGCCCUUCUCGCUAUCUAUUCGGUUGCGCUACCCACUCCUCGCGUCCAGGAACUUCGUCUCCUUUCCUUUACAUAUUCAGCUAGCAAACGAUAACGCUUUUAUGUCUGUAUUGUCGAGAAACACCAUUCUGCACGUCCGGGAUAUUCGAAAGCUGACCAAACUUGCGCUCAGGAGGUAAUGAAAACUGGACCGCCUCACAACACAUGCAUACAUACGACCCAAACACCUACCUCACUUUGCAUUACUUUUAGGUCAUCGGUUGACUUUCAAAAUAUUACUUAGCCAGUAGCCAUUGAUAAGAGUCAGCUAGCUAACAUCGCCAAAAAAAUGGAAAUGGAAAGGGAAAUGGAAAAGAGGCAACAUGAGCAAACAGCUUUAACUUCCGUCCGACUAUCUUGUGAGAUGCAGAAAGUUUCGAUCCCCUACCAAACCUUCUAGAGCGGACGGAACAAAUUGAUGGCACCUCCAUGUAAAAGAAAAGCCAAGCAGAAAAUCCGAAGAAAAGAAUCGAGGUUGCAGUUGUACAGUAACUACCAGACCUAACUGCAUACCUUGGUAACUCUGUGUUUUCAACUAGUAACACCACAUCCCGCUUUCCUUACUAGCACAAUUGGGGAGGAGAAACCACGCAAUUGGAUAAAUUUCUAUUGAGCCAGCGCCUUGCAGCAGCGAUAUCGGUACGGACCUAAUGGCAUAGCCAUUAAUCUUUUCGAGAGGAAUGAUCAGAUUUCUUCGAUGGGUGGUUUUGACAGGGCGAAACCCAAGAUCAUGGUGAAUGAAUUUUCCUCUAAGUUUUGGACACUCUGAAAAGCCGGAAUUUGGAGGAACGGUUGCACAGCGGCUUAGGGAAUUUUCUUGCUUGGACGGUACAAGGGGGAGAUAACCUGAGAAACAAACCCUGUAUCGUAAAAAAAAAAAAAAAAAAAAAAAAAAAAAAAAAAAAAAAAAAAAAAAGGUUGCGCCCAAUUCAUUUUCACUGUUUGAAAAAUAUCCAACCCAUUUUUUCAUUUGCUUUCAUAUAAUUGAUUUUUAACAAUAGUACAGUACGUUAUAAUGGAGAAAGGAUUACGUGUCUAUCUUCAAUAAAAGCAACAACAAAUCCUAAGGACGAAUUCCACUCUAUGCCAAUAUUGAAACAAUACCAAGUUUCAUAUCUUCCCGCCUGCGGCACAAGACACGGCAUAGCAAGGACAACGGGGGGAACAAGUGGAGCUUGUUCAAUACACGGCAGAUGUAAAUUAGUUAUUCUAAUAUUAGUACUUUUGCAGUAGAAAGAAAUUCAAUAUUUCUAAUAAGCAUUUUACUCAAAGCAGUGCAUUGAGUAACUCUGAAAAGGGUUUCCCUCUGAUCCACAGCCUGUACGCUGCGUAAGAGAGUAUGUAUAACCCGCCUCUAUAUCCAUUCAUAGUAGGUAGAUAUCAUCCUUCCUGGAUCUUUCUUAUCUUACAAACACACCCGGGAGAUUACACAUUUAUCACCAACCUGCACAUCUCCAUCACCGUGUUCAUUCAGCCAAACUACUCUAGACACAUCCUCAGCAACUGCCAGCAAAUGAGAUAGUUACAUGACCUGACUCGCACCAGUCUCGAGGGAGAAAUCGAAAGCUAACCCGAACCAACCCUUGGCCAUGACACACAUAAACUAGAUCGAUGGAAGAGAGGAGAACAGACAGGAGCGCAAUCAGAGUUUCCGCUAGAAAACGGGCAAAGGAAAAACCCCGUCCAUCACCUAUCCCGCGCAUAAAGAUACUCCAUCGGAAGGAUCCCGGAAUUCUGCGAAAAAGGUCAGGAAAUAGGAAUAAGAACUAUUUUUAUGAUCUUCUCCCGCCAGAAUAAAAGAAUAGUUUUGCCCUGACAUUUUUAAUGGCUGUGUGGUCGUCCUCCUUGAAAUUAGCAGAUGAUUGAUUGCCCAAAAGUCCUAGUCCAAUUUAGAAGCAGCUAUAUGAAUGAGAUGAUUAUAUGAACAGGGCGAAGAAGAUAUCACGGCGUGGAUAAUGUUUUUGAAAUGUAUUUUUCUAUAUGGGCCUAGAACUGUCAGUUGAGGUUUUUAACAAGCUGCGUGUGCGGGGUUACAUGGAGAACUAAUACCUCCUCUCAGACGCAGUAGUAGAAGCAGAAAACAAAGAAGCAACAAAAAAACAAGAUCGAGACUGUCAAUUUCCUGUGAAGGUCUAAAGCUUCCUUUGAUUGAAAAGGUGGCUAGCUAGUGGGAAGUUAUAUGGUAAUAAGCCAGGACAUGUAACCUGACAUUUCCAACGUCAGCACUUCUACUAUUGUCUGUCCUGUUAAGUAACUUGGUAGGAGAGAAGACUACUUCUCAGAAUACUGGACUGACAAACGCGGACCUCUCUAUGUAUACGUAUCCCCACAUUCAGCCGCAUGAAGGGAGUCCAUGGAAUAGAUAUAGAUAGAUAUAUAUAUAUAUAUAUAUAUGUAGCGUGGCGCAUGGAUUUUGCUGAGAGAUGCUAUUCGGAGAGUUUGUCGUACAUUCCUAACCACAUCCAUUACAUAGUUAACUUACUUUCCAUACCGGGGGAUUGGGUGAGGGGCAUGAGGGGGGUUUGGCUUGUACUUAAAAAGUAUUUAUAAGAGAUUCAUGUACAUGUACAUACAUACAUAUACAGCCCGUGGAAAGAGUCUCAGGGGUGAUAUAUCUCUCCGUAUAUUUUUCUAGUUCUAUCAAAUCUAUACAAACAAAAACAAAUACCCAACAAGUUAAAAAAAAUAGCUAGACAUCACAUCAUAUCACAUCAUGUCCACCACCCCAAUCCGCAUCGCCAUAAUAGGCGGCGGCAUGGCCGGCGCCUCCCUCCUGCACGCCCUGCUCAAACACCCCCCCACCUGGACGUCCACAUCUUCGAGUCUGCCGCUGAAAUCAGAGAAGCCGGCGCCGCGGGAUGCUCCGCCGGAGCGGCUGCAUGCGUCCAAGAGGCUGGCGCGGGUUGAGCGCGCGGACGAGGACGGGCCUGUCACGCUUCAUUUCACGGAUGAGACGAGGCACGAGUGCGACAUCGUCGUUGGCGCUGGUGGGAUCCGUAGCACGGUUCGCAGGGGCAUUCUUGGAGAGAGGGAUCCGGCUACGAACGCGAGGAAUGCUGGCUGGUGGGCGGUCAUGGCCUUGAAGUCGUACGCUGAUGUCCGGGCUAGUAUUGGCGAGGGGUUAGUUGAUAUUGAUGAUACCCGUGAACAUGGGUGGGUUGGCGAUGGCACGUUUCUGAUGCAUGACAUAUUGAACGAAGGGCAGCUGGUGCAGUUCAUCAUUUCCGUGCGUGAGAAGGAGGCCGAGGGGUCGGAUAAGUGGUAUCGAAUGGUGAGCGCGGAGGAGAUUUCAAAGGUCUACUGGGACUGGCCGCUGCAUCUGAAAAAUGCAGUGGAGGAGCCUGAGCAGCGUGCCAUAUACAAUUGGGAGCAUCCACAUGCCCGUACGUAUGUAUCUGGGCCAAUUUGCAUCAUGGGAGACGCCGCCCAUGCCACGACACCGUUUCAAGGCUCUGGCUGCGGCAUGUCCUUUGAGGACGCUCUCAUCCUCUACACCCUGCUCGGCGGCUCAAAGGCUCCUGCGGAGGCGCUCGUGGAUCUACAGGUGUAUGGCCAGGUUCGCCGGCCCCGAACCCAACGUAUUGUGGAAUCGAGUCGGAACACAGGGCGCAUCAUCACUGGGGGAAGGGGAGGGGAUAGGGUUGGAUCUGGAAAAUCCAAGGCAGGGCCAACUGCCAAGAUGGGAUUUUAUUAUUGA